GUUAGGAGUUUGGCACCACUGGUGCCACACGUACAGAAUGGAGUUUCUGUAAGGCAUGGCAGACAGGACCACAGCUCUGCAGACGACCUGCAGCGUGGGCAGAACCGCACACCUGAGGUCAAAGUUGAGCCUGUCAGAGUUGAUCCAGAAAUAAUGGCUUACGUUGAAAAACUACAUGGCAAAGAGCUGGACAGGAUAAUGGGGAAUGAGGUUUCCAUUACAGAGCAUAAAGGUCAUGUGACCUUUCAACUAUUGGACCAAACCAAAAGUGCCUUUCACGCACAGUUUGCUCGUGAGAAAUUUAUAACGUUUUACCAGAAGAUCGCCACUGAUCUGCAAAAAAGAACCUUUCAGAGAGAUGUCACUGUACUGCAGCAUCUCAGGAACCCUCCUUUGCCCCUGCACAUCCUCAGCGAUGAUCCACGUACUGUUACUCUGAUGGGGAGCUUCCUUAGCCUGGGGAGAUUUGAGGAGGCUCUAAAAGGUACCUCCUCAAGGCCUGCCCAGGGUGUGUAUCCUGCACGGAGAGAUAGCGUCAAAACAUCGAGCGUCUCUGUCCAGAAGGACCAGAAACCAGAGAAAGAACAAACAUGUCCCAUUUGCCUGGACACACUGGUGAAGUCAGAGACUGAGAUUCUGUCUAAAUGUAAACACGCGUUCUGUCGAGGCUGCUUGAAAACUGCGUUUGACAUAAAGCCAGCCUGUCCAAUCUGUGGGGUUUUGUAUGGAAAACUCAAAGGCACACAACCAGAGGGUGGAACCAUGCAUGUGAUGAGGAGCCCAUCCUCCUUACCAGGCUAUGGGGGAUACGGAACCAUCACAAUCUACUAUGACAUCCCCAGUGGAAUUCAAGGGGAGGAGCACCCAAAUCCCGGACAGACUUACACGGGUACCAGACGCACGGCUUACCUCCCAGACUCGAAAGAGGGCAACAAAGUGCUGAAACUUCUCGCGCAAGCCUUCGACCAAAGACUCGUUUUCACCAUCGGCCGAUCUUCGACUACUGGCCACAACAACGCGGUGACAUGGAACGACAUUCACCACAAAACGUCCCAACACGGUGGACCCACGUAUUACGGCUACCCGGAUCCAGACUAUCUUCAGCGGGUACAAGGAGAGCUUAAAGUCAAAGGCAUUUACUGA